GUUCUCCUCUACAAGGUGGCUUGUAAUAUGAUGAUGAAGAAAAUGCAAAACAGGAAACAUUAUGGAACUAUUCGUACACUAUUAUUAAACUGCCUGAAGUUGGUGGAUAAAGGAAGACAUCCUCAGAUUAUUGCUUCAGCCAACUACAUGCUGUCAGAGCUUUUCCAGCUGGAGCCAAAGAAGGAGGAAGGUAUAGAUGCUGCUUCCAAUGGUAACUCUGAUGAGAGCUACAGUGAGGAGGAAGAAGAGGAAGAGUUGGGGGACAGUGAUGAGAAUGGAGCAUACAGCUCCACUUCUAACCCCUCUGAAGACAGCAAGGCUGUGGCUGUCAUUAAUUCAGUGCGAGAGCUCUCCGUUCCAGAAAAGUACAAGUCUACCCAUCAAAUCAGGCCGAGCUGUGCAUUUCCAGUGUGCAGUGACACCGAGGAGCGUUGCAGAUUGGUGCUUGGCUAUGUCUUGGAGGGCUUGAAGUCUAUUGACGGAAGUGUUAAGAAAGAAGGGGAGCUGCCUGCGGCAGACCCCAACACUCCGAUCCCGCUGAAAUAUGAG